GCAGUAUCGCUAACUCGACAUCUUGGCGGUGGCGGCUUUUUGGAUCCCUCCUUCCAGGGUGCAGGCGGGAUUCGAUCCCAGGUCUCCGCUAGAACUAGCCAGAAACUUUACCAGCUAGCACCCUAACCAGGUUAUUUGGGAACUCGGCUGUUUCGAAUGGUCUUCGUAGUACUAGUAGUUCACAUACAGAUCUCUAACGACGUUUCGAUAAUCCUGGUUUAAUAUAUAUGAUGGUUUAAAGCUUCUCUAUCGAUUGCCAUGGCCGCCCCGUUCUUCUCAACGCCUUUCCAGCCUUAUGUUUAUCAGAGUCCACAAGCAUCUGUGACACCUUUUCAGAUUUUGGGAGGUGAAGCUCAGAUAGUUCAGAUCAUGCUAAAACCACAUGAGAAGGUUAUUGCAAAGCCUGGUUCCAUGUGCUAUACAUCAGGGUCCAUCCAGAUGGAAAAUGUUUACCUCCCAGAAAAUGAAGGAGGUAUGUGGCAAUGGUUUUUUGGAAGAAGUGUGACUAGUGUAUUUCUUCUCAAUCCUGGUCCAAAUGAUGGAUUUGUUGGAAUAGCUGCACCUUCUCUUGCGAGGAUACUACCGAUUGAUCUGGCAAUGUUAGGUGGCGAAAUUUUAUGCCAGCCAGAUGCGUUUCUUUGCUCGGUCAAUGAUGUGACUGUAACUAACUCUGUUGAUCAUAGACCCCGUAAUGUUGUUGCUGGUCCAGAGGGAAUACUGAGACAGAAGCUGUCUGGCCAAGGGCUUGCUUUCAUAGUUGCUGGUGGAUCUGUUGUACAGAAAAAUCUUGAUGUUGGUGAAGUACUGGUUGUUGAUGCCUCUUGUAUUGUUGCCAUGUCUGCUACCAUCAAUUUCCAAGUCAAAUUCUCUGGCCCAGUGAGGCGCGCGGUAUUCGGGGGUGACAACCUAGUAACAGCUGUUCUGACAGGACCUGGCAUAGUCUUCCUUCAGAGUCUGCCCUUCUACCGUUUUUCUCAACGUGUUGCAAGAGCGGUAACAUCACCAAACAUGAGGGAAAAUCCAAAAUUCUUCAUCCAGAUAGCAAUUUUCUUCUUUCUAGCAUAUGUUAUGAUUGUCUCAUCAUUGAUCUUGACAGACGUCUGAACUGUUUUUCCCGUUUUCUCUCUGUCCUUUUCCCCAUUCAACGCAUAUUGUUUUGCAUAUCUCCUUAGUUGUCAUGUGGCAAUUUCUUUUAUUUUCAUACUAAAGUAGAUAAACCAACUAACCAUGAUGAUUAAAAUCAUCAAUGGUCAGGUCUGAAGUGUUCAAAUUUAGUGAAAAGUGGUUAUGUUUGUACUGUAACAGCAAUUUUUAGAGGAAGUAGAUCUGCUAUCAGCAAAACCAGUGUCAUUUAACAGGCUCUGAUGGAUCUUGAAUCGUGAAAUAGAAGAACUAUCUUCUGACCAGUAA